AUGUUCUAAGAAGCUUAUGAUGUCAUAGACAGCUACACUCUUAGGAAGAAAAAAAACAGGUUCUAAGAAGCUUAUGAUGUCAUAGACAGCUACACUCUUAGGAAGAAAAAAUACAGGUUCUAAGAAGCUUAUGAUGUCAUAGACAGCUACACUCUUAGGAAGAAAAAAAACAGGUUCUAAGAAGCUUAUGAUGUCAUAGACAGCUACACUCUUAGGAAGAAAAAAAACAGGUUCUAAGAAGUUUUAAUUGUCCGUCCCCAUAGAAGAACCCAUCAGCAGCAGUGGGCUGGCUGAACUGGGACUUUAGAGCUGACCUAUCCCCUCCGUGUUAGUUCCCGGUGUCCCUCUGCAAGAGGUAGGAGGGGGCAGAGGCAGGCACUCAGGAGCCUCCUCAACACUUUACCUCCCACUAGCCACCCUGCUCAACGGCCGACAUGACCAGCACUCAGGUACGACUCACUACUGAACUUUACACAUUAACGUAACUCUGUGUCUUUUAAGGUAAGAUGUACGCUAUAGCUUUAUUCUGCAGAAACACUAAACACGUUUGAGUUUGUUCUACAACUCAAGAAAGGUCUGGCGUGUGAUGAAGCGAUCUGAUUUUGUCCGAAUACUCAUAAGGACCACUUGAAAUGACUUUACUUGAGUAUUUUAGAGGUUGUGUUUUGGCAGAGAGACAGGAGUGGACCCGAUACAACCGGUUAUUUCAUGGCAAAUUUUAAACUUAAUCAACAAUUUAACCUUAAAAACACAAAGCGGGUUAAUUUUAAGACUUCUCUUGAAUCAGUUUGUCAGAUUACCAUCCAAGCAAUCAUUAAACAUGUUUUUCCCUCUGCCCAGAGCUGGAAUUAAAGCAGCAAAAUGCAAUUUAUAUGCAAAUAUAAAUAAUAAAUAAAUAAAUAGCUUCCCGCACUAAUAGAAUCUUACCGGUGCUGCUGGCUGAAAGACUGAAUGAAUUACCACAACAACAGAAAGACUCAUUCUAAUGAACAGGAAUGUUUAGAUUCAUUCUCAGUUUGGAAACGUCAUUUAAAUGUUUUUAAAAGCUAUUUUCUGUCUCCUGGCUCUUCCACAGUAGACAUGAGGACACCAGCAGCGUCCUGAGAGACAGAGACACACUUCAUGGAAGGAACAAGAGGCCCUCUGAUCAGCAACACUUCCUUAAGAUGCACCUCCCCAGGAUCAUGAAGAGAACCCAGUCACCCCACAGAGAGACCGUUUCCCCUGUCCUCUCAUACUACUCAGAGCCAGCCUACCUGCAGCACCGUAAGGAUGUGACUAGAGAUCUGGCCUCGCUGCCUGGUGCAACGAGAAGAGGAGCCCUGGAUGAGGAAGACCAGGAAGAGACGCUGAGCCUACGGAGCAUGCCCAGUAUGACAAGCGCCCUGAGUCACGCCUCAAAGGUGAAAAGGUCACGGGGCUUCCCGAAGAGACACACCAUCCCCGAGCUCAGACUGCCCCCUGUUACGAAGAUUCACCCUGACCCCAGAGCCAGUCUGGAAUUGAGGGGUACUGGCUACCUGAGAUGUUCCAGACUUCCACCCAUCAUCAAAUCUACCAGAACCCAUGAGCCUCUGCACCAGGAAAGACCCCCAGGUCCAGCUGGGUACAGGCCUGAGAAGCAGGGAGACGUUCCCUCUGGACUACCAGAGAAGAAGACUGUUGGUCUGAAGAAGCAGGGAGACGUUCCCUCUGGACUACCAGAGAAGAAGACUGUUGGUCUGAAGAAGCAGGGAGACGUUCCCUCUGGACUACCAGAGAAGAAGACUGUUGGUCUGAAGAAGCAGGGAGACGUUCCCUCUGGACUACCAGAGAAGAAGACUGUUGGUCUGACGAAGAGUUUUAAUAAUGAGGACCUCCUCAAAGUACCUGUUGGGACCAUGUCCAAGAUCAUUUCUGAUCCACCUCCAACUGAGCCCCUACGCAUCACGUCCCACAGCCCCGCGCUGCAGGCCGCGUACCCGAUCACCCCUGACAACGAAACGCAAACCAGGAAGCCAGAGGAAGAUAGAAAACCCCCGUAUCCCAGAGUCCUCUCUUCUACAUCCACCUGCGCUAUAUCUAACACCAUCGGUCCUGAGAAAGUAUACAGAUUCCAGCCACACCUUCUGAGAGAUAACCCCCCUCCAUACUCCUCUGAGUGGACCGAUCCAAAGGCUUUAACCCAAGGAAGGACUGAGUGGACUGAACCAAGGGCUCCAACCCAGGGGAGGGGAGAGAUGUUGUUGAUCAGACUGAGCAUCACAUGGUCCAAGGCUGAGAACAGCAGCAACCUGAGUCAGUCCCAGUCUCAGCUCCAGCGUUGCCCCAUCCGUCCCCUGAAACCAGCCCUGAGAAGACUACCCAUCUCCAACACGAGGAGGCUGAGGGACUGGGGGACGACGUUGGGCUGUCUGUGGGAGGAGGAGGAGGAGGGGUGUGUCCCACCCCCGGUCCCAGUCCAGCCUGGGUUACUGGAACCCUUUACAGGGUUCAAAGAGCACCUCUGUCGCCAGCUUCUCCACCCCCCCACCCCCCUGGCUCAGCUCCUGGAGAAGGCCUCAGAGGGAGACCAUAUAGACACACAGGCAGACAGACCGGACUCUGCCAGCCCAUACCGUGCAGCUGUCUGGAUCUCAGGGUCCAGGAGGGGCUCUACCCAGAAUCCCCAUGACCAGACCAACUCCUUCCCCCAAGCUCCCCCUCCUUCACUCACACAGUAA